AUGGGGAAUUUGUUGGGGCACCACGUCUUUUUUGCGCGCCGCUGCGAGUUGACGGACCAGGUGGUUGAUGGGGCUCCGAAGCCACUGGCGCUUUCUCUCCUGGUUCCUCCUCCUCCUUAUUCUCCUCCUUGUGUACCUCGGCAGGAGGUGGAAUCGUCGACAUCAACUUUGUCACCAGCUGAUUCGAUUUGGCAAGACUCGGCCAAGUUGAAUGCACACCACUGCAAAUGGUUAUGUGGCAUAUCCAAGAGACCGAGUUUCUCGAUCCAAUCAAGCCAAUUAAGCGAAGCUCCGGACGGUUGGCCUGAAGCAAUAUCAGAAGCCGACCAGGUGUCCAUGGACAAGCUGGCUUCUGCGACCGAACAAUUUAGAAGGCUUAAUGAGAGUGACAAGGACUUCGUGCACCAGGAAUCCUCAGACACAGAACUUCAGGUUAAAAAGGAUGUCUUGCCACAACGCUUGGCUCUGCAGGUUGAUGAUUUCCUUUCGAAGGAACACCCCGAAAGCAGGAUUUCACCGCCUAUUGAGGCCAUUUGUUCAGUUUCUGCCGUCACGGUUAGUUCGUCGUACCGUUUCUUAAUAUUUUUUAACACUUGA